ACAUAUGGAACAUGGCUGAAUUGAAAUUCCUUUUAUAGGCGUUAAAUGAAAGCGCAAAAGCAACAGAGCUUAUUGACACAUCUGGCUUGCCAUACCCUUGUGUUAUCAAAUAUGCAAUAUAAAUGACUGGAAACUUAUAUCUAUACAUGCGUUCAGCUCAUAUAUAAAACAUUCAAAUAUACUAAGCAUAAACAAGAUAUUAAACCACAUACACACACAAAACUAAUUUCACCCCAAUUUCUGGUGUCAAAAAGGGAAAAUAAAACACCACGGGGAGGAGUGUCGACCACGGAAGUACAUAGAAGUAACACUCUCACUGGCAACCACGCGCCAAAGUUUGAAACUGUUUGUUUUGGGGGGGACCUGGUAAAAAAAUGGCGACUAAAUCAAAACCACGACAGAAAAAUAUAAGAGCUGCAUUUGAAACGUCCAGUUUGGACUCUUCCGCCGUCGAAAUAAAGUCGACAAAACACCGACAAAAACGUGCAGAUAACACGUUUGAAACGUCCAGCAUAGACUACACCGCCGUCGAAGAAAAGCUGUUCGGCCAUGUAGAGGAAGACGAGGACAGUGACGAUGGACCAGUAGUCUUCAUCUGCGGAAAGUGCAGGUUACCUGUUGGGGAUUCACUGGCCUGGGAUGGAAGUGAAGACGGCCAAAACCAAAUUAAACUGAAGCGGGUCACUGAAAAUGUCUUGGUUGGAGAGGACACUAGACUAUAUGAUGCAGGCAAAAAAACUCUCUGUCUGAUCAAAGAUCUCUUCUGUCAAGGCUGCCACUCUCUGCUUGGCAUGGUUUACGCAUCAACGCCUAAGCACCUGGACCACAAGAGAUUUGCAUUCUGUUUCAAUGUAGCCGAAAUCGACAGCUAUGUGCUUGGCUCUGCAAGCCAGAUGUUGGCAGCAGAGGGCCCCAAAGAGCAGCUGGUCACAGCGGAGUACAGAGGCAUUGUUGAACAACAGCUGAAAGAGCACAUCCUGAACCCUGCACCAUUGAAAAUCUGCCCCUUCUCCCCACCCUUCCCAGAUGAAAAUGCUGGUCUUGUCCAUGGCACAGACGAUGGAAGAGAUCGAAACUGGCCUUCAGGACAGAUGUGAUGAGGUGUGACAGUGAUGGACGUCAACUUGUCUGGGUGGGUCCUUUGUCCAGGUGUUGAACAUGUGGAUUUAAUAUCCUCACUCCUCGCUCCUACCUUUAAUGCUAAGGAUUCCUCCUCUAAGUUUCAUCUCAGCGACAUUCCCUCAGUAACACAUUUUGUCCUAGCCUCACCUUGUGCACAAACAUCUAUAUACACACACACACACACACACACACACACACACACACACACAGCUUCCACUCCGCUUUGUUCUGAUUACCAAUGGUGAAACAAAGACUGGCUGCACUUGUAAUCAAUCAUGUUGUCAGCUCGGCUCCUGUGGCUCAUGGCACCAUCUUCUCUGUGUGUGUCAGUGCAGAGGGAAUGUGCGCGAAGAGAAGAAUGUUUAUUUGUGCAGGAUUUCAUCAGGCAGGCUGCUCACUCAGCACAAUGCUGUAUCGAUCGGGCCAUCCAAGGCCACACACACUUCUUUGUUCUCUUCCUCAAGCAUGGAGCCUUAAAGGCAGAUGGGAUUGCUGAAUAUAUGCUUUCAAUGGCCAGAACUGAACAGCACUGAAUUUGUGUUGAAACAAGGUGAGGCACAUUAUUAGAUAAUUCUUCACAUAGGAAUUAUCCAAAGACAUUUUUCAAAUAUCGCCAGAAUUUAAAAUAAACAGCAGUUUGCAUCCUUUGCUACAUUAACUCCUUAUUCCUGAUUUUUGUUUGUUUGUUCACAGUUGUACAAACCUGUUUUGUCUCAUGUAUUUUUGUGUAAUAAAGUAUUCACCUGUUUCAAAAAAUU